AUGAAAAAAGAUAAAAUAAAAGAAAAAUAUAUAAAAGCCCUGUUCACUGAAGUUGAAAAGGAUAAGAUAAAAAAUAAUUUAGAGCAGUCUAAUUAUUUUUUUUCUAGUAUAAAUUAUGAUAUAUAUAUACUGGAUAAGAAAUUUUAUAAAUUAAAAAAUUUAUAUGAUGUCGACAUUAAGAAGACAUUAUUGUUAUAUUUAUUUAAGUACAACUUUUAUAUUCCUAAGAUAAUAAAAAGAAUAAUUUUCAAAAAAUUUUUGUUGCAAGAUGAAAGCAAAGACAUUCAAAAUUUUAACUACAAUGUAUACCUCUUAUUGUCUUAUAUAAAAAAUCCUAAUAUUAUUGAAACAACUCAAAAAAUAAUUGACUUAGAUGUAUUCAGGACGAGAAUUAAUAAAGAGAAUGAAAAAACUGUAUAUUUUUUUAACCUUUUCUUAAACUAUGCUUGUAGUUACUUUCAAUUUAAAUAUAAACAAGGAUUAAAUGAAGUUUUAGCACUUUUUUUUUAUUUAAAAGGAAAGUAUUUUAAUAUGGUUGAUGUUUAUUUCUGUUUUCAAAAUUUUGUUGAGAAGUUUCUAAAAGAAUUUUAUUAUGAUGAUGAAUUUUUUUUUUUACAAAUAUCAUUCUAUCUCUUUAAAAUUUUAAUUAAAUACCAUGAUCCUUUGCUAUCAGAAAUAUUAGAAAAGAACAAAAUGACACCUGAAAUUUAUGCAUCUUCUUGGUUUUUGACUUUAUUUGCAUCAAAAAGCAAUCUCAGAAUUUUGAAUAUAGUAUAUUUAAUAUUUUUAUUAGAACAUAACCCUUUUUUUUAUUUUUUUUUUUCUUUAGCUCUUUUGAUCUUACAUAGAAACAUAUUUUUGUGUGUUGAUAAUUCAAAUUUACCAGAACUGUUAAGUAAAAUAAAUAUUUUUAAUAAGAAAUUUUUAAAAAAAGUGUGGUCUUUGGGGAAAUAUUUAGAAAAAAAUACUCCCAUAUCAUUUAUUCACAAAUUAUUUUUUAUUAAGAAUAUUUUGAUUUAUUUAACUAAUGAAAAUUCAGCAGAAAAUCAUCAUAAAAAAAAUAUUUUGUUAAAUUUUUUUAAAUCAAUUGAUUACAUGUCUAUAAAUUCCUAUGAAAUAAAAAAAAAUAUUUCUUCAGGAAAUCAUAAAUAUAUAUUCUUUGAUAUUAGAUCAAAUUAUCAUUUUAAUUCCUUUCACCUGAAAAAAUCCAUAAAUAUAGAAUUAACCAAUAAUUUCAUAGAAAUAUUGAAAAAAAGAAUUGAUCUACAAAAUGAUAACAAAAAAAAAAAGAAAGAAAAAAAAAUAGUUAAUAAAAAGAUAUUUUAUAUUUUAAAGAAGUACAAUAAUUGUGAAAUAGCAAGAAAUGAUAAAUUACUUUUCAUUUUCCUAUUAAGAAGUAAAUAUAACUUAAAAAACAAUAUUGCUUAUGAUGACAACAUAUUAUUAAAAAAAGUCAAUGUAAGUUCAACUUCAUCAAAUAAAAUUAAUUUUGGAGCUUUAGAAAGAAGAAAACGUAAAAAGAUUAAAAAGAAAAAAAAAAGAAAAAAAAAAAAAUUAUUUAAAGGUAUCAAUUUACUAAAUACCGAAAAUAAUCAAUUAAUUGAUUUAAAUUUAUUUUUUUUUGAUAUUUAUAAAAAUAAAAAAUCUCAUAAAGUACAAGGUAAAAGUUAUAAAAUUAAAUUUAAAUCUGUAGAACAAGUAAAUCAUAAGUAUAUAAAACAGAAAAAAAUACAUAGUUGUAAAAAAUACUACUCUGAUGAUGAUAUCUUGUCGAAAUCUUUUAGUUUAACAUGUUAUCAUAUUAAAAAUAGUUUUCAAUCAAAAAUAAAAAAAGAUGUAACUAAUAAAAAUUAUACAGAAAAUCUCGAAAUAAAUAAAACAAAUAUUAAUAAUUUAUUAGUUGAUGAAAAAACAUUAAAUAAUAUAAAUUCAAAAAAAGUAGACAAAAAAAAACAUUUUUCAUCAGAAAAUGAUGAUUUAAUAAAUAUGACAAAUAAUAUUAAAAAGAAUUUAGAUUUUGUUGAACAAAAUUUAAAUACAAGCUCUUUUAAUUUAUAUUUACUAAUAAAAGAAAAAGUUCUAAAGAAUGAAAAUUGCUUAAAAUUUUUAUUUGUAAAUAUUUUAAAUUUAAAUAAGCAUAUAAUUAUUUUAUAUGAUGAACAUUUUAAUAAUACCAAAAAUGUAAGAAAAUUUUAUUUUGAUUUAAUAUAUAAUUUAAAACUGAAAAAUGUUUCCAUUAUUGAAGGAGGAAUUAAUUCUUUUCAUAACUUAAUUAAGAACGAUGGAAUAAAUUAUAAAAAAAAUACAAUAUCAAAAAAUAAUGAAGUUAAUGAUUUAUAUUCCUUUCGUAGUAUACUUAAAAAAAGAAAAAAUUUAUAUCACUUUCAUCAAUUACCAUUAUGUUAUUUGUGUGAUAAUAAAAAUUUAAAAAAUGUAAAAAAGAAAAUUUUAGAUGAAUUUUUUUUUGAAAUAUAUAAUGAUUAUACAAUUUUUGAAGAUUUUUACUAUUUUUUAACAGAAAAAAGGGGUCAUGUUAAUUUUUUAUCAUUUAUUGAUUUGAUUAAGCAAAAAAAAUAUGAAGAAAAAAUGCAACAUAAUAAUAAAAAAGAAAGUGAAGCAUCUAUAUUCCCAUUAUCAAGUUUAAUCAAUUUUAUCAAAAGAAAAAAAGUUGAAAAAGAAAAGAAUAAAUCCGUUUCAUACAUGAAUAAGGAAUAUAAUAACAAUAAUAAUAAUAGUUAUAAUAAUAAUAAUAAUUAUAAAAAUAAUAAUUAUAAUUAUAAUGAUAACGAUAGUGAUAAUGAUAUUGAUAAUAAUAAUAGUGUUGAUGAUAAUAAAUUUUUUACUCCUAGAAGACAUAGCAACUCUCCAUUAGAUGAAAAAGAUAUAUACAAUAAUGAGCAAGUAAAAAAAGAGUAUUUUAGCUUAAAUUAUUAUAUAGGCUAUUAUAAUAAAAAGAAAAAUGAAUUUUUAAAUUUCCCUACAAUUGUUGAGAACAAUUAUAUAAAAGAUGAUAUGUGUAAUGAUAUGAAAAAUAAUAAAUUCGACAAAUAUAAUUUUGAUGAGAAAAUUGAUAUAAAAACAAAAUUUGAAUAUCGUAAUAAUUAUAAUAUAGGCCAUUUAAAAAAUAAUUUAAAUGAAAAUGUGAAGAAAUGGAAAGAUUCUGAAGAGAUAUAUGAAGAACCGAAUAAUGAAUUUUUUCAGAAAAAUAAGAAGCUUUCAAAUAAUAAUGAAUAUACAAAAAGUAAACAUGAUAGCAGUUCAUGUAUCUAUAAUUUAUAUUCUUACGUUGAUAUAUUAUGUUAUAAUAGUUUAUUAAACAAAGAUAACUGCAAAAUUUAUAAUUGUUUUAUCAUUUACGUUUACCAACCCAUAAUUCCUCAUAAUAUUAGAUCAAAUAAUAUUAUAAGUAAUUUUAUACAAUAUGUUAAAUACAUUAAAAAUUUUAAGGGAAAUAAUAAUUUAAUAAAUGAUCCAAAUAUAUAUUUAAGUUGUAAUAAAUUGAACUCAAAUUUAUUUUUUAAUUUAUCAUAUUUCCCAUUUAAUAAUUUAAGAAAAAUUAAUUUUCCUAACUCCUUUUUAAGUAAUACUUGCCAAAAAGUAGAAAAUGAAAAUUUAAAUAAGGAUAAUUUUUUAUAUCAAACAAGAGAAGAAGUAAUUCGAGAAAAACAAGUAAGGGAUAAGGAUGAAGAAGAUGGAGAAAAAAAUAAAGAAAAAAAUUAUAACUAUUACGAUGAAAUAGUAAAUGAUUCUAUUUUAAAUAAUAUAUGGAUAAAAAACAAACCUGAAUUAGGCUUAUGUAAACUAAUGAUUUAUGAUCAUUUUUUAAUUUUAUAUGGUACACCUUAUUUAUAUAAUGUUAAUUUAUUAAUAAAUAAAAAAAAAAAAAAAAAAAACAUAAAUAAAUAUAUUUAUAAAUGUGAUAAAGAAAAAUUAAAAAAUUUAGAAAAAAGUAAUAGUGAAGAUUAUGAUACCUUAAAUCAACAAAAUUUAAAAGAAAAUUUAAAAGAAGAGAAAGAUCGUUUAAAUAAACAUAUUGAUAUUGGGACUUUAAAUUUUUUAAAAGAAAGAAAAGAAUAUAACAAAAAAGAGUAUCAAAACUUAAAAUAUUAUGACGAUUUAUUACAUAAAAUGAUAAUACAUAAAUAUAAAGACUUAAAAAAAAAAGAUAUUUUAUUUAAUAUUGACUGUUAUAAAAUAAAUAGUAUUAAUUUAAACUGGAAUCUUUUGUCUAAUCAUUUAUUUCAUAGUACAACCAAAGAGCAUAUAAGUGAUACAUAUAAUUAUUAUAAAUCAUAUUUUAAUUUAUCUAAAAAUAAUUUGUCAAAUAAAAAAGAAAAAUCCUAUUAUUCAAGUUCUGUGUCUAAUAAUACUUGUUCAUAUAUAUCCGAUGAACAUGAUUUCUCUUUUUCAGAUUAUCACAGUUUAUAUAUGAAAAAUAUGAAAAUAAUAAAAAAUUCAGACGAUUUAAAUAAAAAUGAAAAAUUGAACUAUGAAUAUCAUAAUAUGGCAAUUGAUGCAAUUAAUGUUUAUGGAAUAUUUGAUUUACGUACUAUUUAUAAAAUAACAACAAAAAGAAAUUCAAAUAAAACCCUUUAUUUUUAUUUUGCAACAAACAAGAAUAUACCUUUAAUGAUUUUAAAUUUUGAAAACGAAGCUGAAGUUCAAUCAUGUGUUUAUUCAGUUAAGGAAAUAUACUCAUGUUUUGCAAAUAAGAAAUAG